AUGAUCAAGCACGCAACUUUGUUACUCGUCUCAGCGAUGGUUUGGACCUUGGUGCUCUCAAGGCCUUAUCUUGGAUUCGGCUUGGGUCUCGGCCUCGGUGGUCUCAGAGGUCUCGGUGGAUAUAACGGCUACGGCGGCUACGGAGGCUACGGCGGCUACGGAGGCUACGGGGGCUACGGGGGCUACGGAGGUUACGGAGACUACGGCAACCGGGGCUACGACUAUAUCAUAGUUAGUGGCACGUGGUAUCAGAUCGAGACCGGUGUGACGUUAUUGUUUGAUAACAUCGCGAGUGCAGCGACAUCGGAGGCCAGCAUGCACUGCCACCAUGCGAGGCGCCCCCGCCCCGCACCCCGCACCUCCGCUGAACCGUCACCCACCGUCGGCACUGGCAAUGAAUGCAACUUAUUACCGAUUCAAUAG